UGAAACUCAACGGUCUUUUAAAAUCGGCACUCUGGUGACUUGUGCGUUCAAAUAAUAUAAUAAUAAUAAAUAUUUAGCGAUAAAAAUUUCAAAGAGUAAUAAAUAUUUGACAGUGCGUGAUAGCAGUAUUUGACAAUUAUGUCGCAUUUAAGAUUUAUGAAAGACCUCAACAGUCUCACUCGUAUGGACGACGCUAUUAAAGGUCCGACCCCACGAUGGCAAAAGAAAUGCAUGGAUACAUCAAAUUUAAGUGCCAAUCUUACUUUGAACACGUCAAAGAAAUCUGUAAAUUGUUCUAUUACAAGUAACAUAUCGGGAAAGACUCCCAUAAAGAAAACCGAGAACAAAACUAAGAAAACUCCUUCCAAGACAGGCACUAGAAAGUCCCCAAGUAAGAAACAUAAAAGCAUAAGUCGUGCCACUACUCCAGGUAAAACACCAAAUGGUGGCGACAGGUUUAUCCCUUCAAGAUCCACAACUAAUUUUGAAUUGAGUCAUUACAAGAUUAUUCAACAGCAAAACACAGAAAUGGUUGGCGACAGAGUUGACAUCUCUCCUAGCAAGCGAGAGAUGCAGCGUCUUAUUGGCGAGAAUCUUCACGGUGGUGAUAUUAAUAACACAAGGAUUUUAUCUUAUCAGAUUAAAGCGCCAGCACCGCCGGAAGGUUAUCAAAAUCCUCUUAAAGUUCUGUACAGUCAAACCAAAACCCCAGCUAGUGCCAGAGCUUCAACAAGAUACAUACCACAAGCUCCUGAUAGAAUAUUGGAUGCUCCAGAAAUCAUUGAUGAUUAUUAUUUAAAUUUGGUGGAUUGGUCAAAUAAUAAUAUCUUGGCUGUGGCACUGGGUGCAAAUGUAUACUUGUGGAAUGCUGGAACUGGAACCAUAGAACAAUUAUUCGAAUUAGAAUCAAAUGAUUAUGUGUGUUCUGUCGCGUGGAUCCAGGAAGGUCCGUAUUUGGCAAUAGGCACAACGAUGGGGAAUACAGAAUUAUGGGAUUGCAGUCAGAUGAAGAGAAUGCGCGUUAUGAACGGACACUCGGCCAGAGUGGGUUCUCUUUCUUGGAAUUCUCACGUUUUGUCCAGUGGAUGCAGAUCAGGCAAAAUCGCACAUCACGAUGUCAGGCAACGGGAUCAUUUAAUCUUGACUAUGAACGCUCACGCUCAAGAAGUGUGUGGUUUAAAAUGGUCGAACGACGGACAAUAUCUGGCUAGCGGUGGCAACGACAACAUGUUAUAUAUUUGGUCGUCGGUUGCCGGACAAAAAUAUUCUCAGUCGCAAGCUCUUUAUUCGUUCAAUCAGCAUCAAGCUGCUGUGAAAGCGCUGGCUUGGUGUCCCUGGCAAAAUAAUGUGCUCGCAAGCGGUGGCGGUACUGCCGAUCGGACUAUCAGAUUUUGGAAUUGCAACACAGGUACUUGUUUAAAUACGAUAGAUACGAGAUCUCAAGUCUGCGCUUUGUUAUGGUCGAGGAAUUACAAAGAAAUCGUCUCCGGACAUGGAUAUGCGCAAAAUCAGUUGACAAUUUGGAAGUAUCCGUCUAUGACGAAAGUUGCGGAGCUUACGGGACAUACCAGUCGUGUUUUGCACCUGGCUAUGUCUCCGGACGGAACUACGGUGCUUAGCGCUGGUGCCGACGAAACCUUAAGAUUGUGGAAAUGUUUCCAAUUAGAUCCAAACAAAAAGAAAGAAUACAGCGACAUAAAAUCGGUUGCGUCCAGACUCAAACAGUCGAUUCGAUAAAAGCUUUUAUUUUAUUUUUUUUUUCCAUUUAACUAUACACAUUACACCGACGUGUAAUGUAAAACAAUUUUUUUUUUUAACGAUGUAAUAUCGUCGAUUGUUGUGUGCUGCCGUAAACAUAAAAAGACUAUAACUAUAAGAUGAUAAGUUCGAUUGCCUCAUUUUAUACACAAAACUCGAUGUGAAAAGUAUGCUGUACUUGUGUGUACCGGAAUGUGUGGGAUGCAUAUAAUUUUGUAACAAAAAAUUUAGCGAAUGUUUUUAAAUAUAAUCAAAAAAAAUAGAUAAUAAUUUUUGUGCGUAUUAAUGUAAUAAGUUUUUAAAUUGUAUCAUCAUUUAUACUAGUAUUGACACAAAAACGCGAGAUCAUUUUUGUCUCUAGGAUAUUAACUACAAACGUAGAAAUAAAUUAAUAUAAUAUUCUUUCCUUUUGUUAAGUUAGAAUAUUUUUUUCUCGCAUUAUAAGUAAAUUUGUUUAUUGAGACUGAUUGUUUUCAACUCUGAUUUUCGUGAAUUUCUCAAAUCUAUGUCUCUAGUUUAUAUAUUCAGAUUUAUACAAAGUAGUGUACACAGCAGAGACUCGCAUUAUCCGAACCCCUGUUAUUCGAAUAAUCCUGACAUCCGAAUAUUCUAUCAUCCGGACGUACAUGUAAAUAUAUUGAAAUAAACAUAAACAUUGCUAUAUAUAUACGUUGUUCGGAAACGUUGUUCGGAUAACAGAAUGUGUGUUCUCGGAUAUUAGGAUAUUCGGGUAAUGGGAAUUUUUUCGGAUAUGUGGGA